AUGACGACUAGAAAGCAUAACGAAUUCCUGGACAUUGCGCGCAGCGAUGAAGACGAGGCCAGUGUUCGCGGCUACGAUUCUGAGGAGCAUGUGAUGGGGACCAAAGGUCGGCCGAUGAAGAAGCGACGGACCGACACACAGGACUUCUUUGGCCUAGAGUCGGAUAAAGAUGAAUCUGCAGAUGAGGAUGAGGUGGAGGAGUCACGAUCCGAGGUCAAGGGUAAGACCCGCAAGCAAUCAAAAGUGAAGAAACCAGAGGCCGCCUCAGAAGAGGACGAGGACGAAGAUGAAGAUGAAGCCGAAAACGAAGGCGCAUACCUUGAAGUGACCAAGUCCUCUCCAAAUUCGAGCUCCAAAGAAAAGACGAAAUCUGGCAAACUCCUAUCCACUAAGCCUCUCAAAGCGCCCAAAAAGGACAAGACUGGGGUUGUGUACUUGUCUUCCCUUCCACCAUACCUCAAACCCUUUGCGCUUAAGAAUCUCCUGGAGACACGUGGGUUUGGUCCCAUUACCAAGCUGUUUUUGUCGCCGCUAGUCCCCAACAACUCCUCGACCCCACGGCGCAGUAACAAGCGCAAACUCUACUCCGAAGGCUGGAUUGAAUUCGAAUCAAAGAAGACGGCUCGUAUCACAGCCGAGACCCUUAAUUCUCGCAUCAUUGGUGGAAAAAAGGGCAGCUUUUAUCAUGACGAUAUCUGGAACAUGAAAUAUCUGCGUGGGUUCCGAUGGGCGGAUUUGAUGGAGACCAUGCAAAGGGAGAGAUCCGAGAGAGAGUCGAAACAACGGAUUGCCGAUAUGCGCGCACGCAAAGAGGAGAAGGCUUUCUUGGCCGGUGUGGAGGCGGGCCGUGUUGCGGAUGGGAUGGCAAGGAAGAACGAGGAGAAGAGGAAGCGGAAGGCUGAGGCUGAUGGGCAAGGCGAGGCUGCGGAUGCUGCGCCGAGAAAGUCUGCGCCUGUACGGAGGCGGUUCGUGCAAAAUGAUGUUGUUUCUGCUACUGGGAAGGACGAGAAGGCGAUUGGGAAUGAUGCAAAGAGAGUGCUUGGGAAGAUCUUUUGA